AUGAGCAAUUCAGCUAGGCAAGAGACAAACGCCGGUGAUAACAAUGAGCGGACUGAGACGACCCCAUUGCUACCUCGUCCCGUCUUCCAGAAGCCGUACUCCAUCUUCACAAAGUCCCAGAAGCGCUUAAUCAUUUUAGCAGCUGCAAUAGCAUCGACGUUCUCACCGUUAUCGGCCAACAUAUAUUUUCCAGCGCUCAACUCCAUCGCCAAAGACUUGAAUGUUAGUCCCUCGCAAAUCAACUUGACUAUCACUACGUAUAUGGUAAGCUACCUUCAGCUCGCCCACUUGGCGAAUUUUAAUGUGAAUCUUCAGAUAUGCCAAGGCCUCGCACCUACAUUCAUGGGCUCCUUAGCUGACCAAGCAGGACGUCGACCCGCAUACAUCAUAUGCUUCGUUGUGUAUAUUUUAGGCAAUAUUGCCCUUGCCCUGCAACACUCGUUCCCUGCACUACUCGUACUCCGUGCAAUCCAGAGCUGUGGUAGUAGUGGUACCGUGGCCCUUGCAUCAGCCGUGGCUGCCGACAUGAUCACAUCUGCCGAACGAGGAACCUACAUGGGUUUGACAUCUCUAGGAAAUAUCCUAGCGCCCUCAAUAGGUCCUAUCGUGGGGGGCUUAAUGACUCAAUAUCUGGGAUGGCAAGCUACAUUCUGGUUCUUGGCUAUCAUAGCCUGCAUAUUCUUUGUAUUACUUCUACUCUUCUUCCCUGAGACAUGUCGUGUUAUUGUUGGUGAUGGGUCCAUUCCACCUUCCGGUUGGAAUCGACCGCUUUAUGAUUGUGUGAAGGAAUCUCGAUCAUCAACAAUUCCAAGGCCCAUUCUUCAAUCCUCGAAUUGUCGGGACCAACACAUUUCCAUCCCCAAUCCCUGGCCCUCGCUCAGGUUACUUUUCCAACGUCCCGUCGGGUUGGUGCUUCUCGCAAAUGGUGCCAUUUUUGGCAGCUAUUAUGCUGUGACGGCUGCGAUGCCAGCUCAAUUUGCAAAGCUCUAUAACUUAAACGACUUGCAAGUAGGCCUUUGCUACAUCCCUGCCGGUUUAGGUUCUCUGCUCAGUGCAACUGCCAAUGGGAUUUUAGUCGACUGGAACUAUCGAAGGUGGUGUAUUAAGGCGGGACUCAUGCUGGAGCAAGAUCAUAAGGACCACUUGCUUUCAUUUCCUAUAGAAAAGGCGCGACUGCAGAUUGGUCUACCCAUGACAGUAAGCUCGCUCUUGCCGGUGUGCUUUUCGCUGUUCUUACCUGACCGAAACUGCCAGAUACUUGCAGCUAGCGCCAUUACUGUAUAUGGGGUAUUUCUUACUUUUAGACUCCCGUUCUGGGCAAUUCUUCUCAUGAUAUUUGUCUCGUGUUUGUGUAUCACCGCGGCUUAUAAUAUCAUGAACGUGUUGAUCGCGGACCUGUACUACACGACCCCAGCGACUGCAAUGGCGGCCAACAAUCUCGUUCGCUGCUUUUUGGGAGCUGGAACAACUGCCGCUGUCAAUCCCUUGAUCAAUAUUAUCGGGACGCAGUGGACAUACUGUGCCGUCUCCGGUGCUCUAAUGGCGUUCACUUCUCUUUUGUUCAUUGUGUACCUCAGGGGCUGGGAUUGGCGCCGAGCACAGACUGAAUCAGGUCAACAUCUGUAA